AUGGACGAAGCGUCACAGCAGCUGCACCUCGAAACCCGCGAUGCCGUUGUCCGGGCGCUUGCAACGCGCCGGCCCGUGCUGCACCACCUGAACGACGACACCUCGUGGCUGCUCCAGAUCCCGCGGCCCGCAAACGCCGUCAAGCACGGCAGCCGCGUCUACUACAACAUCCUCAUCGACCCGUGGUUCGUCGGCGGGCAGUCGGACGUGGCCAAGUGGUUCUCGCAGCAAUGGCACGCGACCCCCAGCGCCGUGCAGAGCAUCGCCGAGGUCGAGGACGUGGUGCGCCAGGUCGAGAUGCUCGCCGGUGGAAUGCGCAGGCGGAGGCCCGGCGCCGAGGAAGAGUCGCUCAUCGACGCCGUUGCCAUUUCCCAUGAGUUCACCGACCACUGCCACAAGGACACGCUGCUCGAGGUGCACCGCGACGUGCCCGUGUUUGCGACCGAGCAAGCAGCCAAGCUGAUAGCAUCGUGGUCGCACUUCCGCUCCGUCACCACGACGCCCACCUUCGUCGACAACAGCGACUGGCACGACUUCUCCCUCUCGCCGCUCCCCUCGUGGCUCGGCAUCAGCCGCCUCACCGCGCCCGGCGACUCUCUCGACUACCACUCCGCCCUGCUCAUCACCUUCGCCACCCACCCCUUCCUGUCCAGCACGCCGCGCAAGCCCCGCUCCUCGCUCUCCAUCAACGGCGACGGCCUCGAGGGCGCCUUCUCCACCGCCACCACCGAAGCCGCCGAAGCCGUGCUCUACACGCCCCACGGCAUCCCCCACCCCGCACUCAGCCCCAUCGCCACCGCCGACCCGGACCUGCGCGUCCUGGGCUUCCUGCACGGCCUGCACGACGUCAGCAUCUCCGCGGCGCAGCAGCUCAACCUCGGCGCUAAGAACGGCCUCCUUGCUCAGCGCAUCCUCGGCGCCCGCUACUGGGUCGCUACGCACGACGAGGUGAAGAAGGGCGGCGGGUUUAUCAGUUGGUUCUUGCGCCGCAAGGCCUGGACCGUCGAAGACGCGCUGAGGGAGGCGCGGAGCGAGGAGACGGGCGGCUAUGGCGGCGAUGCAUGGGCGGUUGACGGCUUUGAGCAUGUACGGUUCAGGGAGUUGGUGAACGGCGAGAGCAUGAUAUUGGAGUAG